AUGUCUUCGAUGAGCAGAUCUCGUGCCAGCCUCUCCCCGGCUGCGUCAGAAAGGUCCACACUGCCUAUGGGCGCUUCUGCGGAACCAGGGAGUCCAGAGUUCAAACCUUUGGAGCCAACAAGGGAGCAGCUGCUAGCGCAUUUUUUCGAAAGAUUUAAAUUCUACACGUCAUUAUGUCUUGGAACGUCAGCUAUACUUGCAGUAUUUGCUUUCCUCUUCCUGAUACCAUUCGUUGUAGAACCAGCGGUGCAAACAAUUUUAGCAGAAUUCGUACCAGAAGCUGGUAUCUGCGCGGUAUCAGAGCAUGUACACGCUGAGACACUGACUAACUGCACUUGGGCAUCAUGCAGAGAGGGCUGUACGACAGCGCAUACGAAAUGCCACAAAAUAAGAGUGAAUCUGAAACGGAAACCGUUCGAAGAGAACAUACCAGUGCCGACGGAUUGGGACGAAACAGAUUUGAAAUUCUUAAUCAAUCCUGAAGGGUGUGGUUAUCCACCGAGGGUGAACUGCUCAGUGUUUGCCCACGAAUACGCAGGACUGAAGGCUCCAAAGGUGUUCCCGUGUUACUACAGCAUGACUCGGCCAGAUUUAGUGGUGGCCAGGUAUUCGUGGGACUCGACAGUGAGGGGCCUGAUAUUAGCACUGGUGUUGCCAAUAGCGGUCUUCGUAUUUAGUUUGAGUGUGCUGGCCUAUUGGCACUGUCGCUGCUGCGAGCGGGCUUGCAAUAGGCGAGUGCACGCCGAAUCGUAUGCGAGUAAAGAGGAUAGUAAACUACUCUGCGAGCUUGACGACGAUCCAAGUGACGACGUGUUCUGACGCCGAACGAGUGCCGCCCGCCGUCGUGCCUCCACCCGCUCCGGCUACACCCAGCUCUAAACCUGACAGCGAAAUGACACAGAAUGACAGCGUGACAGCGUGAGUGUAUAGAGUGAUCGCGUGACUGAACAGGCCGUUAGCUGAGUGGCGUAUGUGUGGCUAUACGCGUGAACACAUAGAACGACAGCGUAAAAAUAUGACGUGACAGCGUGAGCGUAUAGAGUGAUAGCGUGACUGAACAGGCUGUUAGCUGAGUGGCUCAUAUAGCAGACUUAUGACACUUGUAGAACUGCUCCCAUCCAAAGAAAAGAAAGUAAUUGAAAAAUGAGCAUAAGGCUUAUUUAUUGCCAAUGUAAAAUAUGUCUAUAACUGAUGUUCUUAGCUCACAUUUCAAUGUACAUACAUUUUCUGGGUCAAUUCGGCUAAGAUGCUUUUUAGCGCGUUGGACUUGCAGUUGUGACAGGAGUGGAUGGAUGGAUUCACAUCAUACAGCGAUGGGCCUUAUGAGUGACAGCAUGACAAUAUAGAGUGACAGGGUUAUAUACAUAUGAGAGUUUGUGUCUUCGUACGUUUGCUUAAGAGCUAAGAAACUGUGCUGCAUUUAAAAGUUUUACUAAAUUAUUAAAGAUAAAAAUUCUCGAAAAAAAAAAAAAUCGCUGCUUCGUAGUGGCUACUCCGAUUCUGGAAAUUGUGAUAUUUUUUAUAAAAUUCAAAAAAUAUUUAGUAAAAAUUAUCAUACACACAUAAAAAACCAUUAUACGUACAUAAUUCUUGUGCGUUUCAAGUAAACUCUAUAUUACGAGCGUUGUUGUAACACAGUAUUAAAUUUUUGAAGGCGGGCAGCUUAAUACACCAGGCCGCGCACACUGGCGCCCCCUUUAGUAAUAAACUGUUCAAUCAAUAUUUACGUACGAUAAUAACAACAUAUAAAUAAUAAAAAUUUGAUUUUGACAUUUUUCAAAGGGGGCACCACUGUGCUCGAUCACCUUAAGAAAAUUCCAUUAUGAAAAUUCUAUUUUCGAAAAAGCGUCUCUUUCUAAAUUUGAGCUAUGCCGGAUAGUUGUAUAAGAUUGAUUUGCUUCCGGAUCUUUAUACCGGUUUGUAAAAAAUAGUAUGUAAUUUAGAUAGUCUCUCACAAAUUAUACUAAGUAUAUCUACCUACUGGCAAAACGGCUUAAAACCUUUAUUUGUGUUGUAAAUUCAGCGUAAAGUACGCUGAAUUUAAAAGUAAAAAUUUGAAAAUUGAAUUCAAAAAUCGAAUGUUUGUUUCCUUACGCACACGCGAAUUAUGAAAUUAUAUAAAUAAUUCAAUUUACUUUUUGUAGGUUGUCUUUUGCAAAUUUGGUAGGUUGAAAAAUUAAUCAAACUUAAAAAAUACACAAGUUUUUUGUAUUAAUAUAUGAAUUAGGUUUUUUUUGUGUCUUAAAUGUAACAAUUCGUUGUUUCCUUUUUUUUAAUUUAUAUUUUUCAAUUCACGGACAAAUGUAUGCAUUUAUUUAUUAAAUUGUUUAUUUAUAGUAUUUCUAUCAACUAAGAAUAGUAUUAAGGUGUUUUUAGCAUAGAUUUUUUAUCUACUCUCUGCUAAUCAUACAUAAAAACAUGCGUAGAAACAGUUCAAAAGAUCUACUGCGAAAUCUAGGACACUCGAUUAAUCGGUCAUCAUUUAUUUAAAGUUUAAAGAUACUGUGUCGAAUAAGUAUUAUCAUCUAAUGAUAAAUCUGCAAUAAAGUACCCGAAAAAGAAGAAUUGGAUACAUUAAUAUUUUUACGCAAACUUAAAAAAUAUUUUUGGUGAUCUGAAUUUCCGAUUGCUAUAGCUACUCGCUUUUGACUUACAAAAAGUAAUUUUUGUCCAAUGCAUGUAUACAUUCUUUGACGUUAUUUAAAUAAAAUGUAUUGUGUAUACAAUAUGUGGGAGCGAGAAAUAAAAUUAGCGAAAUAUGGUAAUAAUCGAUGUUUAUUUCAUUAAAUAUAACAAAAAAUGUGUAGGUACUUGCCUAUUUCACACACAAAAACUCGAUGUUAAAAUAAAUUACAUUCAAAAAAGAUUAAAAUAAAGUUGUGAUACACAUAUUUUACACAAUUUAGUCAUAGAUUUAUUUAUAAAUAUAAAUAAAAGAAUUAUUAUUUACCUGACACGGUGUGCAGACGAAACCAAAGCGUGUCUCGUCGGGCAGUGUACAGGGUUUUUAUAGUGACGCAUGUCAAACGACGUGGGGGGGGGGGGGGGUGAGCGUCAUAACAAUCGACAUAAAGAAACCGUUUCAAUUAAAAAAAAAAAAACAAUAUUAACGAUUAAAACUAUUUUUCUCCCACAUACAUACAGCCUAUAAAUACCUAUACUUGUAUUUAAAAAUCUGCCAUAUUUUUGUGAUAUUAGCGCUUAUUGUGUACAAAAAUAUUUCUAAAAUGUAAGAUAUAAUAUUCUUCAAAUUCAAUAAUAAUAUUAUUUUUAUUAUUAAAUAUUUAAUAUUUAAAUGUAUAUAUUUCAUUUAUUUAAUAUAUAUUUCAACAGUGUGUUUAAUUAGGUCCUUUAGUAGAAAUGUUUAGUUUAACAGAACAAUUUUAAGAAUUUUAUCAGAGUCUAAUUAUUAUAUUAUUGAAAAAUAAUAUAUCACUCAAGAAUAACUAAUAUUGGAAUAAGAAAAGAUUUAUCUGAAAUUACUUAUUUUUCUGUUAGAACGUAUUCUUCUAUUGGUUAGAAUAUAAAUCUUAGUUGUGGAAGUAAUUUUUAUUUUUUCUCGACUAUAUUUUCUUCUUUUCAUGCUAAUGUGAUAAAAAGAUUUGGUGCAUUUUUAAUUCAGCAGUAUUACCUGCUACAAUCAUAAAUUAUAUUUAAUAUUUAUAAUUUUAAUUUAAAUUUACAAUUUUCAAUAUAUAAAAUUUUGGUUAAAAAUUAUCUAAGGAAAGCUUUUGUAAAUAAUUCGAACAUAUUAUUGUACAUAAUCAAUUUCCUGUUAAUAAAAUAAAUUGUGUGACUUUUUAGAUUUAGCAAGAUAUAAUUGUGAGUCACAACUUGCACCAUGAGGCGCAAAAGACACAAAUCUAUGACAAAUAAAGCUUGUUUUUUAA